AUGAGACUUUAUUGGGAGGUGAGGUCGGCGGGUGUGUGGAGCACACCACAGUUCGAGGAGGACUACAGGUCGCAGCUGAAGGGCUACGUGAGCGUGCAAGAGUUCGAGAGCGUGGUGACCACCGUCAACCGAAUAUGGCGGUCCGCGGGCAGCGGUCUGAUCAACCGCGGGUGUCUCCUCCUCUGCUUCUGCUGCUGCUUCGUCAUCAUGCGCAGAGACAAUCGCGAGGCGCUCGAUGACGUGAGGCACUAUCUGACGACGAUCAACAAUGAAGUGUACCGCCCGCGAGGGAUGGAGUGGAUGGUCCUCAGCGAGAGCGAUGAGGACGGAGAGGAGGAGGACGUGGUGCUGGCGCUGGAGAUCCAGGGCCUGGUCGACCGGCAGCCGAUCAAGAGGCGCAUGUCCCUCGAGUCCCACGCCGAGCUCCCGCUGCGCCGCUCGCGAACAGACCAGACGACCACCAUUCUCUGA